UUUAAUUUUAUUAGAAUUGAAGCUGCAAAUAUUGAGAGGUCAACUUGAGCUCUACAUAUAUUGAUGAUAUACUCAAUGAAGGCCUUCGAAUUGAAACUGAGUUCAUUUGUGUAGAUGAUGCUUGGGAUUGUUGGCAAAAAUAUGACAAAAUAAUAGGCUUUGGUGUUCGAAAAGAUUAUUCAAACAAACGGAGAAAGAAUGGAGUAGUUACAAAUGCCGUAUUCGUAUGUUAUAAAGAGGGAUUUCGUAAAGAGGACAAAAGGGUCACCGAUAAAUCCCGUCAACGCUCUCAGGUAAGAACUGGUUGCCAAGCAAAGUUGAAUGUAGCACCAAACCCAAUUUCUGGAAAAUAUAUUGUUAAGGAUUUUGUGGCGACUUAUAAUCAUGAGCUUGAGUCAAGUGAAACCGUUCAUAUGUUUCGUUGUAAUAGAAAUGUAAACAUGUCUCAAGCAUUUGCCAUCAACAUAGCAAAUGAUUCUGGAAUUACACCUAAGGCAACUCAAGAGUUGUUGAUUAGGGAGGCUGGUGGUAGAGAAUAUCUUGGAUUUAUUAAGGAAGAUCAAAAAACAUAUUUGAGAAAUAGAAAAAAGAAAGAAAAAAUGUUAGGUGAGCUUGGUAGUGUUAUGAAGUAUUUCGAGAGAAAAAAAAAAAACCAUAGAUGCUUCAUUUUCUUAUGAUUUUGAGUUUGAUGAUGGUGGCUUGGUGAGUGGUAUAUUUUGGGUUGAUGGUAAAAUGAAAGCCGAUUAUGUUGAUUUUGGGGAGGUUAUUACGUUCGACACGACAUAUGGAACUAACAAAGAGUUGAGAUCCCUCGGCGUUUUUACAGGUUUUAAUCAUCAUAGAGAGAUCACCGUAUUCGGUGCUGCCCUCUUAUAUGACGAGACAGUAGAGUCAUUUGUUUGGCUCUUCGAGACGUUCUUGAGGGAACACAGUGGAAAAAAACCUCUCACCAUAUUUACUGAUCAAGAUGCAGCGAUGGCUAACGCACUCGGUAUAGUUAUGGGGGAUUCUUUUCAUGGCUUGUGCACGUGGCAUAUUAACCAAAAUGCACUGAAGCAUUUAUCUUGUUUUCAUAGGCAUGAAACCGACUUAUUGGGAGAUUUUAAUCAAUGUAUGUAUGAGUAUACUGAUGUUAAUGAGUUUGAAGCUUCUUGGAGUAAUAUGUUACAAAAGCAUAACUUACAAGAAAACUCUUGGUUGAAGCGGACUUAUGCUGUAAAGAAUAAAUGGGCAAGGUGUUUCAUGAAAAGUGUUUUCACUUUGGGUAUUCGUAGUACGCAGCUAAGUGAGAGUUUGAAUAAGGACUUAAAAAAUCAUUUGAAUUGUGCUUUACAUAUCAGUGAUUUUUUUAACCAUUUUGAUCGAGUGGUGGCUGAUAAAAGAGAUAAGGAGUUGACUUCUGAAUUUAGAGCACGACAACAAGUUCCCUCCAUGAGCAUCGCCGAGUGCCCGAUAUUCUAAAAGGCAUCCAAAAGGUACACACCAUCAAUAUUUCAUCUUUUUCAAGAAGAGUACAAGCGCUCAAUGAUAUCUAUAAUUAAAGAAAAAGAGGCUAUUGAGGUGCCUACUUGGUUUGUGAUUGUGCUUCAUGGUGUUUUUCAUAGAGUUUCAUGUGCUUCGUGUUAGCGAUGAUUUCUUCUCGUGUAGUUGCAUGAUGUUUGAGAGUAAAGGAUUCAUAUGCUCCCAUAUUUUGAGAGUGUUCAAGUUCUUUGAUAUAUUAGAGCUUCCCGAUAAGUACAUAUUAAGUCGGUGGGAACGAAAAACAAGGAGAUUUGAUCCUUCAAAAUACAAGGAUAUUGGUCAUAGUUUUAUGCAAUGGAACGAAAGAAUGCAUUCAUUAUUUUUGAGAAUGUCAUACCAAUCUUCAAAGAGUGCGGUUGCACAUAACAUAAUGGAGGACAUGUUUGAACAAAACAUGGACAAAGUCCACGAGGCAUCAAUGAGAGAAGAAAUUUCCAAAGAUGGCAAUACCAUGAAAAAUGUAGAAAGUGCCAUCGAAAACUUGAAAGGUUUAAAGAUGAAAGAAGGAAAACGGCGAACAAAAAGAAUGAAGCCCUUACAUGAGGCUCGAAAGAAGAAAGCCAAGAAAUUUAAUGUGCAAGUUGAAGAGGCCGGGCUUUAUGUAGCUGUAGUGGAGCUUUAA